AUGAAAGGAGAGCAAGGCAUUGCGGGAAUGAAAGGAGAGCAAGGAGCUGUGGGAGUAAAAGGAGGGCGAGAAAUUGUGGGAAUGAAAGGAGUGCGCGGAGCUGUGGGAAUGAAAGGCAGCGAGGCAUUGCGGGAAUGAAAGGAAGAAAAGGAGACAAAGGAGAGAAAGGAGAAAGCGCCAAAGCAAAUCAAGCAAGUGUAGUACAACAAACCAACUGGAAACAAUGUGUGUGGAAAACAGACAGCGAUACUGAUAACGGAAAGUUUAAGGUAAAUAGAAUAAGAAUCAUGACACACUCCUAAGAAAAUUCAUUCCUUUUUAAAUUAAAAUGUUUCAAAGAAGAACGUCUCCCCUCUCACUCACCGUUUUCCAACACAUUACAUAAAUAACUAAGUUAAAUUUCUCUCUAUUUUGGUUCUUUUUUGAACGAAAAAAGAAAACAAUCGUGCUUGAUAAAACGAUUCCUGGCCAUAUGGAGAAGAACAACAAAAAUUUAAGCUAUUAUAGAGUUUUUUGAAAAAUAGGAAGUAAUCUUGACUAGAGUUGUUAGAAUCAAUCACUACACACGGUUGCUCACCUUACUACAAUACGUCUGAUUUGUUUGCUUUUAUUCCAGGAAUGUGCGUUUAACAAACUGCAGUCUAAUUUAGCGCUCAGAGUCUCAUUCCAGGGCAACAUGAGGGUCCAGGGAGUUAGUUACAAGUGUAACCGAUGGUAUUUCAAGUUUAAUGGAAAUGAAUGCAGUGGACCAAUGACGAUUGAGGCUGUUUUUUAUAACAACUGGCCAUCUGGGAACCCUAAUCUGAUGCAUCAUCGGUCAUUUGAGGGGUACUGUGAAAACAUUCCACAAGGGGCGGUCAGAGUGGAAUUAUGGGUAGGGAAGUGUAGUGGCAACACCUUGGGUGAUGCUUACACUGGGUAUAAUUCAGUAUCCCGGAUAAUGAUUGAAGAAGUAUCUAGGCCCCAGUCCUAA